AUGGGCUUGGCACAUCUCGAGGCCAACAAUCAGGUUCAGCCCAACCAAGACGCUGGAGGAUCGGACAGGGAUGAACCGAUCGCCGAAGAUGAACCAGCGUGUGGCGUAGCAGAGGAGGCCCGGAUCCACACCGCGGUCGCGCGCUCCGUACGUCAGAUCACCCACACGGAGAAUCCGCCAUGGCUCCAUCCAUGA